AAAAAUAAAAAAAUAAAGAAAAAAUCACUUUCGGUGCGGUUACGGGCUACAGAAAAAGCGUCGAACAGAGCCCGAAUACGGUGUGCGGAAAAAUGAAUUCAAAGUAGCAUUACAAGUGCCGCUUUUCUCUCCCCCAACGACACAGUGCGCCAUCGUUGGCACCUACAACGUACAUCGUUAAUAAUACACAACAAUAGCAGCAGAGCAGGCAGCACUAAAAAUAUGUACAAUAACGGGGCGAGGGGCUUCUCCAUACACGACGCAUUCGAGGAGGAAACAGACGAGGCGAUACGCGUCUAUGGCUCCACAGUGAUAUCCACACCCAUGCGGGGCGGAAAACAAGGUCGCUCCACCGAAGAUGUAUCCAUACGCAUACAGGAUCCAAAGGGCUAUAACAAAUACGCCGAAGACACAACCUCCAGGGAUAGCGACUCACUCAUCCAGGAAUAUGGUAAUCUGCCCACGGAGGAGACCAACACAUACUGCUGGCGACAUCCGAAGGUGCGCGAGAACUGGCGCACAGUGCUGGCCGCCUUCACGUUGCUGAUUGUGGGCACGGGCCUCUUUGUGAUGGGCACCUUUGCCAUUGCCGAUCCGCAAAACACAUCGCAGGGUGUUGUGUUCUUUGUCGCUGGACUUAUUUGCUUUAUACCAGGAGCCUAUCAUGUCGUCUACAUUUGGCUGGCAGCCAAAGGCUAUCGAGGGUUCGAUUUCUAUCACCUGCCCCUGUUCACAUAAACAAAGGAGAGCAGCUGCAUUGGAGUGAAUUGGUUGAUCCAACAGAAGAGAGAAGAGAGAUAAGCAGUGAAAGAGAGAGAGAGAGAAA